ACCAAACACUGGUAGUAAGUACCUGUUUUACUCUGCUUUAAUUAAAAAUAACUUUUUGCUGAAUAAAAAUGUCAUUUUAUUCAAGUGGGAGGAAACUUCCACUGUCUAAUUUUAAAGGCUGUGCGUUACUACGUGCAGCAGUUGAGGUAUAUUUGACGUCAUGGUGUCUACUUGACAAGUCAAGUUUUACGUGAUGUUCAUGCUAUCUUAAUGUAGUCCACUUAAGUGACAACAUAAAAGAGAAAUUGGUAUUUAAAAGGCCAAAUAUAAAUAGAGAUGCACUUUGUAGCCUUCCUCUUGCAACCUUGGACAACUAACAUUACAAAGGGUCUACAUUUAUGGUAGGCUAAUUGUUCACAAGAAAAAAAGAAGAAAUUUCUCCAAAUUGGCACAUUUUAAAAAGCUAGUCUAUGAAACCAAGAGGGGAGCCCAUUUUUUAUAACCACAGCGCUAUUUAAUACAACUCUAUUAACAUGAUGAGUGAAUUUAGUCUGUCAAUGGAUGACCGUAAUUCACCGGUUUGGUCAUGUGGGUUAGCCUGGCCUCUUAACUUCCAAUACCAAUGGAUACUUUAUGCUUAGGGCACCUACUCUUAGAUUUUAACCAUAGACUGUAUAUACUAUGGACAACCUGGUCCGCCUGUAUACGGAUUUGAAGCCAAAAAGCUUUCGGUAAUUCCGGGUUUUUCUCCAAUUCCUUGAAACCAGAGCUGCGCAGUAGCGAUGCGCGCAUUUGGCCGCGCAGUCGCCGAGAGUCCCUGUGAUGAUGCUCGACUCAAACAGCGUAUCCAGAGCAGUGGAUGUUUAAUCCACUGCUCUGCUCUGAGCGUAUCCCCCCGGGUGAGCUACGCAAUCCCUGAACGCCCAUAGGCUGUACCAGGUGUCAAUCAUAGAAAACACGAACCCCGUAAUAACUUUUAAAAACGGAGCUGUACAGAAAAAAAAGGACUUGGGCACAAACCAGUCUUACAAUAACUACAUGUCAACAUCACAAGCAGGGGGGAGAAAAAUGUAUGUUCUGUGUAAUAAAUUUCUAAAGUUUGUCCACAGCUCCAGAAGCUUUGCUGGCGGAGGCGGGAUUUAUUACCUGUACUGCAGUCCACCAUCAGAGGGUGCUGUUCUCGGAGUGGCUUCACCCCGCGAGGAGGCAGACUCUGUCCAUUCUUUAUACAGUCUAUGAUUUUCACAUACAUGCAUGUAGGGGCCUACCAUUCUAGUAUUCUGGUAAGUGCACAUGGUACUUUUGGGGGCUUACUUGGAAAAGAAAGACCUUAUUGCCACAAUGUCCAUCAACCUCUGUCUAUAUUUCUGUCUCCACUGUAUUUGACCAACCACCAUUCUCCAGAGGUUGUGAAAUUCACCAGCCCUGUGUUGCAAAACUAUACAAACACACCACAUUAGUUCACAAAUGCAUGCACUUGUAUUCUGAAGUGCUAAGCAGAUUACAAUGAAAAUACCGCAACCCACAUCUGAAGGAUUUUGUAUUGUGAGGUUAAAAUUAUCUCACGGGAUUGUGUGAAAAUAUUAGACCCUAAUUAUACACAUCUUAGUCAUACAAUCAAGAAUCUUACUCUGAUGUGCAUGCUGUAACAAGCUAGAUCCACACAUUCAGUCUUACAGAAACUGUUCAUACAUAUGAUCAUCGAAUAGACUUAGAAAGUAAAAAAUCUCCCUCUGAAAUAUAUUAAUGUAACACUGAUUUACUGUUUUAAACAAUGUAAUAAACCACGAGUGAAAUACUGGAAAGAAAUUUUAAUCUACAACUCAUAUUUAACACUUGGAAAUUCCAUAUUUUUGAAAACAACCCGUUGUGCUAAAGAAUGUACCCUCCAAUACACAAUUUCUAAACAUGCUGGAGACAGCGGUGGAGGUCUAUAAACACGCAAGCGUACUUCCCUUUGUUUUGUAAGUCUGGAAAAAAGGGAAGUCCCUUUCGACGUCAUGUUCAUGCUGCAGGGUCAGUGCAAUGCAGAACUCAAGUUAUGCAAACACUCAGGGAUAUAAAGACCUCAAACUGGAAUUUCUGCAGACUGAAACGCAGAUUUAAUACUACAAAGAGUGGAAAUCUCUGCAUGAAGAUGAGAGUGCUUGUGGUCCUCUCCAUUAUUCUCCUACAGGUAUGGAAAAGUUCAAGAUUCAUCCAAAUUUAAUAAAUUCCAUGCUUGCUAAUCUUGCUAAUCUCUUUGUUCUAAAAUCUGAUAAUAUUCUAAAUUCCGUCUACUUGCAGGUGAAGGGAUGUUUCCCAUCAUGCAUCAUCACUGGUACCAUUGCAAACUGUGCCUCUCAGAACCUCCGCUGGGUUCCCCUCCUUCCUCCCCACAUCACUCACCUUUACCUGGAGAUGAACCACAUCAGUGAGCUCAACUCCACGUCCCUGUCUGGCCUGGAGAAGCUGCAGGAGCUGGACUUGGGUCAACAGUUUGUGCCUCUCCAGAUCAGGAAUAACUCCUUUAUUGGACAACAAUAUCUGAGGAAGCUGGUGCUCGGCUUCAACCUAGGCCUCCAGCUGGAGCCUCUGGCUUUUGCUGGACUGUCUAAUUUGGAGAGCCUCUACCUCGAUUACUGUUCGCUUCAAGAGUCUAUACUGGAGGAAAACUUUCUAGAGCCACUGUCCUCUUUAGAGACUCUUGACCUCUUUGGGAACCAGUUAAGGCGAAUACAACCUUCAAUGUUCUUCGCAAACAUGACCAGUUUGAAAGUCUUGAAUCUAAAGUUGAACAAAAUCAACAAAAUCUGUGAGCCAGAUCUGGCUGCUUUUCAGGGAAAGUACUUCAGCUAUCUGAACUUAAACUCUGUCCACCUAAAAGACAUGUCUGGGAAAGGUUUUGACUGGAAGAAAUGUGGGAAUCCUUUCAGAGGAGUUUCUCUGAAGACCCUUGAUUUAUCCUACAACGGGUUUAAUGUUUUUGAAUCAGAGCAGUUUUUCAAAGCUAUUGAGGGGACGAAGAUCUCUCAUCUCAAACUGUCUGGACCAGUAGGUAGAGGAUUUUCCUUUCAUAAUCUCCCUGAUCCAGACAGAAACACAUUUGAAGGCCUGAAGAAUAGCUCAAUCCACAUUUUGGAUCUGUCCAAAAACAGGAUAUUUGCUCUGCAACAGGGGGUUUUCAGUCCACUGAGAGAGGUCGCAAUCAUUGACGUUUCCCAAAACAGAGUGAAUCAGAUCCACAGGAACGCCUUCGAAGGCCUUCAGGAAAGUUUACUAAUGCUCAACCUGUCUGACAACUUGCUUGGGGAAAUCUAUUCUUACACAUUUGCCUCUCUGACAAACCUGCGAGUAUUGGAUUUGUCUUACAAUCAUAUCGGUUCUCUUGGUUACAACUCAUUUAGUGGACUCCCAAACUUGAAAAUGUUAUUUCUGACAGGAAACUCCUUGCGAGAUCUUGGCUCUCCUGCAUCUCUUCCACGUCUUGAUUACCUCCUGUUGAAUGAUAACAAGCUGACACCUUUGUCUGUCAGGAGUCUCACACGCUUUGCCAAUAACACUGUGCACCUUGACAUUCAGGACAACAGACUGACAAACCUGGGGGAUGUUUUCACCCUUUUGACUCAAAUGAAACGCCUCAAAAAUCUCCUCUUUGGAGGAAACACAAUCAAGUUUUGCAGGCUCAGUCGACGAGCUUUGGCGGCUCGUUUGGGUAAUUUUCAAGUCUUGAAUCUACACAGCAGCUCCCUGCAGACUAUCUGGUCUCACCACAGAUGUUUGAAUCUGUUUGAUGAUCUUGGACAAGUGCGUGGUCUUAAUUUGAGCUUCAACGCCCUGCAGUCUCUCCCCCGAGGAGUUUUCAAGGGUCUUACUUCCAUUGUGGAGCUGGAUCUCUCAUCCAACGCCCUGACUUACCUCCAGCCUAAUAUAUUACCCAAAAGUCUUAAAGUCCUACACCUGUCAAACAACUUCAUAGCUUCCCCAAACCCGACUGCUUUCAGCUCCCUCAGUUUCCUCAAUCUACAAUCAAACCGGUUUUACUGUGAUGAAAACUUGAAGAGUUUCCUGACCUGGCUGAGAGUAACAAAUGUUACCUUAAUGAGUCAAGUGGAGGAGUUCAGGUGUGAAUUUCCCUCUAAAUUUUACAAAGUUUCUCUGUUAGAUUACGCUGUUCAGAUUAACCAGAAUGAAAAUCAGGUUUAAAGGGGCACUGGUGUAGCUUAGGUAACAGAGAAUGCUACAGUCCUACUGAGUGAAACAGUCUAAUUUCUUUUAUUAAUCUUAUUCCAGAAGGUUUACAGGUUGUAUAUUGCCAUUGUUAAUGCCUGACACCAGAACAAGGGGGUGCGUGUCGGCAGAGCAGCUGAAGAAGUGGCCCUCUUUUUACAAUGUCGAUGUUAAGUAUUCACAAGACAAACAAUAAACUGUGUCCACAGGGGAUGUCAAAGUAGACAUAAAUCUAAAGUUCCUCACAGGAGCUUUAAACAAGUGGUGUUAUGCUUUUCUCAUUUUUUAGAAACACGUAUUGAAGGGGUGGUUUUAAGCUUUUAUCAGAUUAAUAGAUAAAUAUGAAGCUUAAAUGUUGAAGGACUCAAAUAAAUGUGGGCAAAGUUCUCAAUUGUGAGGUAAACCUGUGUCAGUGUAAUCCUGAAAUGAGAAUGGCUUGUUCAAAAAGUCACUUGAGAACUCAGUGAGAUCUGUAUGUGGUUUUAUCCACAUAUAGGAUAUUUAAAAAAAGAAAAAGCAAAGUUUGUAGCAUGGCAGCAAAGGGGGCUUUUAGAGGGGAAUGGAUGAAUGGAUGAUAAUAUUAAACAUGUCAGAAAGAAGGGUUAAUGUGUAUUAGAGUUAUCUGAGGUUGAGACUGCAAGCUGCACUCAACAGCUUGUUAAAACAAUCUAAGAGAGAAUGACAUGCGAUUUGAUAAAAAAUUUAAUAUAUCAAAUUGAUGAAUCUCCUUUAUACAACAUAAUAAAUGUUAGCACCCACCAAAAAAGAAACCUCCUACAUUUUUCUUUCAUUCUUUCAAUACUUUCCAGCUCAGAUUUGGGGUCCAAAAUGUGGCCAUGACCUAAUAGAAUGUGAUGGGUUAAAAUAUUAGUGAAUGCAUGAAGCAUUUAAUUUUC